AUGCGCGCGAGUCCGGCGGCCUGGCGCUGUGCCGCAGCACGGCCGUCGUGUACGAGAAUUCAGGUGCAGUCGUCACCAGGGCAGCCUGGAUGGAGAGCGCAGAAGCUGAAAUCCUUGAGCCGGGCGGAUCUCAUUUGGACCACCUUGGAGCAAUGGCGCCUGGAGGGGCAACGCCUCGACCCCCGCACCUAUACCGUGGGAAUCUCCUCAUGUGGAAGGUUGGCCAAAUGGCCUUUCGCCGUAGCGCUCCUGGCAUCGAUGCCCAAGGCAGAGGUGCAACCAAAUGCCUUCAGCUAUGCAGCAGUCAUGGCGGCCUGUCGAAGGGCGCAGGACUGGCAGGUGGCCCUCAGCCUUUUGGAUGAGAUGCAGGUAGCUGAGGUGCAGCCCAACCAGGUGUGCUUCAACACGGCCAUCAGUUGCGCGGGUCGAUGGUUCAUGGCAAUCCACUUGCUGGAGCAGAUGCCACAGUGCGAUGUGAUCAGCUUCAAUGCUGCCAUGAGCUUAUGUGAGUGGCAUCAGGCCAUGCUUUUGUUCGAGGCAAUGCCUCAGGCAGAAGUCUUGCCUGAUGUGAUUAGCUUCAACUCCACCAUUUCUGCCUGUGAGAAGGGUCAUGAAUGGCCCACCGCUUUGGCACUCUUCGAGCAAAUGCCUGAGAUGCAGGUACAGGCAGACCUCAUCACCUUCAACUCCACCAUGAGUGCGCUGGAGAAGGGCUCUCAAUGGCAAGAGACCUUGCAUUUCUAUGGGCACAUGUCCAAGGCUCAAGUCCUGCCGGACGUGAUUAGCUACAGCGCGGGAAUCAGUAGCUGUGAGCGGUCGCAACAGUGGGCUGCAGCCUUGGCAUUGUACACGGCCAUGGAAAGGCAAGAGGUCAAGGCGGACGGCAUUAGCUUCAACGCGCUGAUGAGCUCAUUCAAAGAUGCUGGAAGGUGGCAGGAGGUUCUGGAGCUUUUCGAGUUGAUGAAAUCACAGCUGCAGCCGGUUUCACUGCUGAGCUACGUUGCCGUGAUGAGUGUUUGUGGGAAGAGCGGCCAAUGGCAACAAUCCUUGCGCUUCUUCGAAGAAAUCCCCAAAGCACAAGUGCAGCACAGUGUGGUUUCUUGGCACCUUAAGGAUCGGCCUCCUGGUUUCAGUAGAGGGGACAGUCGACACUUGUGA